AACUCAGAAUCGAGGUCACGUGUUCCACCCGGACGGAUUUCCACUGCGCGCUUAUUCAUCAGACAGACACACGACCGUAUCACGAGAGGGAACAUGGCAGCGCAGGUUGCAACCACGAAAGUUCCGGAGGUGCGAGACAUCACUCGAAUUGAGAGGAUUGGUGCACACUCUCACAUUCGUGGGCUGGGUUUGGAUGAUGCCUUGGAGGCACGGCAGGUGUCUCAGGGGAUGGUGGGGCAGCUGGCAUCUCGAAGGGCAGCCGGGCUGAUCCUUGAGAUGAUCAAAGAUGGUCAGAUUGCUGGUCGUGCUGUCCUCAUUGCUGGCCAACCUGGGACGGGCAAGACCGCUAUUGCUAUGGGUCUUGCCCAGUCUCUCGGGCCUGACACCCCUUUCACUGCUAUGGCUGGGAGUGAGAUUUUCUCUCUGGAGAUGAGCAAGACUGAAGCUCUGAGCCAGGCCUUCCGCAAAGCCAUAGGAGUCCGGAUCAAAGAGGAGACUGAAAUCAUUGAAGGAGAGGUGGUAGAGAUUCAGAUUGACAGACCAGCUACAGGAACUGGUGCAAAAGUGGGGAAGCUUACGCUGAAGACGACAGAGAUGGAAACCAUCUAUGAUCUGGGGACCAAGAUGAUUGAGAGCCUCAGUAAAGAGAGAGUACAAGCUGGAGAUGUGAUCACCAUUGAUAAAGCCACAGGAAAGAUUAGCAAACUGGGACGGUCAUUUACUCGUGCAAGAGAUUACGACGCCAUGGGAGCACAGACUCAGUUUGUGCAAUGUCCAGAGGGAGAACUGCAGAAACGGAAGGAGGUUGUUCACACGGUCUCUCUCCAUGAAAUUGAUGUCAUCAACAGCCGCACUCAGGGGUUCCUGGCCUUAUUUUCAGGCGACACAGGAGAGAUUAAGUCAGAGGUUCGAGAACAGAUCAAUGCUAAAGUGUCUGAGUGGAGAGAGGAAGGCAAAGCUGAGAUCAUUCCUGGGGUUCUCUUCAUAGAUGAGGUUCACAUGUUGGACAUAGAAUGUUUUUCAUUCCUGAAUCGAGCUCUUGAGAGUGAUCUAUCACCUGUACUUAUCAUGGCCACUAACCGAGGCAUCACCCGUAUCAGAGGCACCAAUUAUCAGAGUCCUCAUGGUAUUCCCAUAGACAUGCUUGACCGUCUGCUGAUCAUUGCAACCACUCCUUACACUGAGAAAGAGACCAGACAGAUCCUGAAGAUUCGCUGUGAGGAGGAAGACGUUGAGCUCAGUGAUGAAGCACACUCAGUUUUAACUCGUAUCGGACAGGAGACUUCACUCCGUUAUGCCAUCCAGCUCAUCAGUACUGCAGGCCUGGUGUGCCGCAAACGCCGGGGCACUGAAGUCCAAGUGGAGGACAUUAAGAGGGUCUACUCUCUCUUCCUGGAUGAGUCCAGAUCCUCACAAUACAUGAAAGAGUACCAGGACUCCUUCCUCUUCAAUGAAACACGUGAGAUUCAUCUCUGCAUUUCAUGCUCUGAUUCCCAGGGGUCUUACAGCAAAGGCGCAGAAGUCAUGCACAUAUGUCAUAUCUUUACAAUGCCUUUUUUUUCCAGCAAGCACAUGCUUUUAUGGUACUUCAAGAGCUGUACAUUAUACAAAAAGUAUAUUAUAUGACUCUAAGUUAUUGUCUUAUUUAAUUGGACAAGCAGUGUUCAAAGAUUGCUGCUAUAUAUAGCCCAACAGCACUGGGGAUUUUCACAGCACUUGUCUAUGUUUGUGGCGGUCAUGACAUACUGUCAGUCUUCAUGCGGACCCACAAAAAAAAAAAAAAAUUGUCUCCGAAAUUGCCAUUUUAUAUCUAAAAUGAAAGUUACUUUAUAUCAACUUUUACACAGUUUUUUUUACAUUUGUAGAGCUGUUGUGUAAAAGCAUUCUUACACCUGGAGUCAAUUUCAGCCUCAUUCCCUCAGCCAAAUUACUGCUCAGUACAAAGGCACAAUUUUGAGUUCUAUUGCUUAUUAACAUGUUUAGGGUUUAAAAGUUAUUUAAAACAUCUUCCUCUCUCUACAUUUCUUCCUUCAGAAUCCUCUCAGAUGGAGACCUCCUAAUGAAAGAGGACAUGAAGAGGUGUCUCCAUUCGUCGCUCCUGUGAAGAUCAUUUACUCUUAUGACCUCCUCCCUUAGAUGUGUUCAGACAGUUGAGUGUUCAAGCAUCAAGUUUUUUCUUUGGCAUCUUUUUCUUUAUUUGCUACUUGGUAUUGUUACAUUUUAUAUGUUUUGCAUUGAAAUAAAAUUCUCUUAAAAUAUUAUUUUUUGACUGUGUAACAUGACAACCAAAAGAUGAAAUAAAAACUAUUUGACCAUGAA